UUUGCUGCGGCUGAGGUGGCGGGGGAGGCGGAGGAUGAUUACUGUGCUGCUGCUGCUGAGGAAGUGGCUGCAAAUCGCCAUUAGGGGAAACGACUUCUAUAAUCAUGUUGUCUCUCGAAGCAGCAGGCGGCGGUAGUUCUUCUUUGUAGAAAUCAAUUGCGCGAGGCUUCUCCGACAGAUACAUAUCUAGUGCACAAAAUUCAGCUUUACCCCGAGCUGGAAACUGGGUUUUGUUGAGAACUGGAAAUUAACUUGUGGGUUCAGCAAGGAGAGACGAAAGGGCGGCGGAGUGAAGCCAUUGAUGAAGGUUGAGCUCUGUUUUUUGGUCCUUGUCUGUCGGUUGAGUAUGGAGGCGGAAGAUUGAUGGGAGGAGAAUUGGAUUUGGAAGCGAGCGGAAUAGCUUAGAGAGAGGGAGGAGGGUGCGUGAAGUAAAAGCUUUAGGCUUUGAGGAUUAACAGCGGAUAAUAGAGGGGAAGAAAUAGGAUGAGACGAGAAGCCAAAGGUCAAACGGCCUCGUUUAGGCGAAACCUCGGCAGCAGCAUAAGGAAAUAUCUCAGCGUCGACUCUUUCAUCAUCUGCGCGCCUCUGGCUCUGUCGUGUCGGAUCCCUCGGGCCUCAACUCAAUCCCUUUGCGCCAUUUUUAUUUUCCCAAGACGAACCUUCAAAAUGCUGUAGACGGAGAUGAACCGAAUUCUCGUCUCUUCUCAGCAAUCAAGAGCUUCUUUAUCUUCCGUCAAUGUUAAAGCCCUUUCUUCCAUUCCACUCUCAGCUCAAAAGAACAACUCCAGCAACCAAAAAUUUCUUCCAAGGCGGGGUUUCACCAAAACCGAGUCACUGCCUACAGUCUUAUACUCUUUGCAAUGACCAAUGCCUGCAUUACUAGAGUCAACCAUAUCCACCACAAGAGGGUCACAAUAACAAUAUCAUCAUCCUCCACAAAGACCUGCACCAAUCUCUCUGGCUGCAGAUUUUUCACCAGCUCACAACUGUUGAUAUCUCCAACACCUUCUUUCAAACCCCUAGCCUUAUCCGCCUGCAUCACCCAAUCAGAUGCACCUCAACGCUCGGAGGAAUGGUUUGCCCUUAGGAAGGACAAGCUGACCACAAGCACCUUUAGUACCGCCUUGGGGUUUUGGAAGGGGAAACGAAGACCAGAGCUCUGGCGUGAAAAGGUUUUUGCAUCAGAAGUUGAGUUUGUUCCAGCUUCAAAGAAUGCAAUGGAAUGGGGUGUGCUCAAUGAAUCAUUAGCCAUCGACCGAUAUAGAAGCAUCACGGGUCGUGAGGUUAGCUCACAAGGGUUUGCAGUCCAUGCACAAGAGAAGCUUGAUUGGCUUGGUGCUUCACCAGAUGGUCUACUUGGGUGCUUUCCUGAUGGUGGGAUAUUGGAAGUGAAGUGUCCUUAUAACAAGGGGAAGCCCGAGCAGGGUCUCCCCUGGUCGACCAUGCCUUUCUAUUAUAUGCCUCAGGUUCAAGGUCAGCUGGAGAUUAUGGAUAGAGAAUGGGCAGAUUUGUAUUGCUGGAUGCCGAAUGGUAGCACGAUAUUCCAUGUCCCCAGGGACCGUGAUUACUGGGAGCUAAUGUGUGGGAUGUUGAAGGAGUUUUGGUGGGAGAAUGUGAUUCCUGCUAGGGAAGCUCUUGAAGCGGGGAAAGAAAAAGAAGCUGAUUCAUAUAUGCCAGCAUCUACACACAAACAGACGGGGCUCGCCAUUUCUAAAAGUAUUAAGUUAGCUGCUCAAUGCAAGCUUCAGUGUAGGGAAAUUGCAGGCCUUGUUGAAUUCUUUAGGCUUCAUUCACCCUCCUUAUGAGAAGCAGAAGCAGAAGCAGGUUUCUUCCUCAAAUCUUUCAUCCAUUUCAAGCUAAGAAACUUCUUCCCAAUGCUGCUCUUGCUCCCAUCGUUCCCCUUCUUCUUGUCAUUCGAGUUCUUCUGCGGGGGAGGAUCGUCGUUGUAAUCCCAUUGAUCCGCCCACGAUAACCCGGAAUCCAUCUCCUUCUGCAAUGGAUCUGCCUUCGUCUUCUUUCUCCCUGCUCUAUAUUAGUUAUUUCCGAAAAGUUGUUCGCUUUUUCUAUACCAACCAACCAUUCAGCAUAGGCAUUUCAUCGAUCCCUAUUACUCUUCUAAAUUUGGCGCGAAAAUAUGCGAGUCACAGAUACCAACCAAGUGUAGCAAUUAUAUGCACAAGGCCAACUGCUGAGCC